AUGGAAGGUACUACUAUCGCUGUAGAUGCCUUCAAAUAUGGCAAGAUCCCAAACAUUACAGCUUAUUUUUUAUCUCACGCCCAUGCUGACCAUUACACCAGGUUAAGUCAUACCUGGGAUCAUGGUUUCGUUUAUUGUAGUCAGACCACGGCAAAUCUUAUAUGUCACAACCUUGGAGUCAAAAAACAAUGGGUUAAGCCUCUGAAGGAUAAUGAACCUACGAUGGUAGAUGGGGUGAAGGUGACGGUAUUGGAUGCAAAUCACUGUCCAGGAUCAUCUUUAUUUUUAUUUGAAGGUGUCAAGUCACAAGGAAAACCCUUUCGGUAUCUGCAUUGCGGAGAUUUCAGAGCAUCACCGGCUCAACUCAGACAUCCGGCGUUGAAUUUUUUUUUUUUUUUUUUUUUUUUUCUCGAUACGACCUAUUUAAGUUAG